AAGUAGCGAAAAGGUUCUGCACCUUUCCUCUACUGGAAAAAUGAUGCUCAGUUGCAUUGAGUAAAGAUCAGCUACAAUAUGUCUUUCUCGACAGAUGUUUCCAGUACUCCUAUUAACUUGUACUGCAACGAAACACCUGGUGUUGCACUUUGCUCCAGUAAUGAUGAUGACAUUAGUGAAACCAGUAGCCUUUCAUCUACAGAUUUCCCAGUUGAUAUCGAUGAGAGCUACAUUGAUAAUAUCCUCCUUUCUGAGCUUCAUCAAAUGCCAGCAACCGAGCUAAUAACUCGAUUUCUGGAGAUUUCACAAGUUGGUUCAGCUCAUCAAGAUGCACUGAAUUGGAUGUUAAAGGCGCAUGCUUCCUACCGGUUUAAGCCUGAAACAGCCUAUCUCUCUGUCAGUUAUUUUCAUUGCUUCAUACUGUCUCGUCCUUUGCAGCAAGGUAAAGGAUGGCCCCUGCAGCUAUUAGCAGUAGCAUGCCUAUCUAUAGCAGCAAAAUUGGAGGAAACAAGAGUCCCGUCUCUUUUAGACAUACAACUAUUGGAGCCCAGAUUUUUAUUUAAACCAAGCACAGUUCAAAGGAUGGAGCUUUUGGUCAUGAGCUGUCUCAAGUGGCGAUUACACAUCAUUACACCUUUCUCUUUUCUGCAUUAUUUCGUUGCAAAGCUUCCACAUCUCAGCCCGAGAAGUAAAAAUUUUAUUUUAACUCAUUCAUCCGAUCUUAUCAUCAGCACAUGUAGAGUGAUUAAAAUCUUGGCUUAUACUCCAUCAACAAUAGCAGCAGCUGCAGUGCUAUGGGUGACUAAUCAAACUAUUGAUGGCCCCAAAUUAGAGUGCUUUCACAGUAGAAUGGACAAGGAAAUGGUGAGUGGAUGCUACAACCUUAUUAGGCAAAGCAUGCCUCAACGGUGUCGUAGUGAGGUACUUGAUGCAACCAUGCCGGGGAACUGUACGCCGGGGAAUUGCCAUGCAAAGAGAUGCUGCGGGAAGGGUUUCAAGUCAAGCCAAGACAUGUCUCCAAACAAGUGCUGAAAAUUGAUACUGCUUGCAAUAUUUAUAUAUCAAAAGUUUGGCCUCUCUUAUAUUUAAUUGUCUAUUCUUUC